AUGCAUUUCGCUUUUCCUCCACGCAAAACAUCACAUCCUCCGCCAUAUGCUGCGCGCUCGACUCGCUCGGCCUUCUUGCGCUACAGCCAGCUUCGGAAUAUCCUCAUCCUAGCUGUUGGCGCCCUCGUGACAUUAUACCUGCUCUCUGGACUCUUCUCUGGCUCGAGCACCGUCUCAAUACCUGCAGGAACACCCAAGGCUGUCGUCGUCACCACGCUCGACCCUUCGCUGAGUGAAUCUUACAAAGCUGCCAUCAAGGCUAAUCGAAAGCACUACGCCGCUAAGCACGCUUUCUUCCCCAACACGACCGACUACCCUCUCGGUGACAACCCGAGCUCAUGGUCGCUCGUACCUGCCAUGCGCCACGCCAUGGCUCUAUAUCCGCACACCCCCUAUGUCUUCUACCUCACCAGUACGGCCUUGAUCAUGAACCCUUCGUUGUCAAUUGAAGACCACAUCAUGGAGCCCCGCCGUCUCGAAUCCCUCAUGCUUGUCGACAAGCCAGUCGUCCCUCCGGAUUCUGUCAUCAAGACUUUCUCGCACCUCAAGGGCGAUCGCAUCGACUUCGUCCUGUCGCAAGACAACGAGGGCUUGGCAGGUGGUAGCAUGGUCAUUAGAUCUGGAGAGUGGGCCAAGUUCUUCCUCGACUCUUGGUUCGACCCGCUAUACCGCAGCUACAACUUCCAAAAGGCCGAAGCGCAUGCCCUCGAACAUAUUGUCCAGUACGGCCCUGCAGAAGGCAUCUACAACGAAGGCGAUUUCGUCGCAAACUUCCACGGCUGCAUUCGCGACUCGAAACGCAACUGUGAGGCAGAAAUGCAACCCCUCCUCACCAGAUGGAGAGAAAUCACUGAUCGCGAGCGAUGA